UUGCCCCCUCCCCCCUCACAACUCCCCUCACACGCACCCCGUCCGGGGCCGUGCCUGCCUUCCUCCCGGCCCUACGGCGGUAGCGAACUCUCCAGAGCCGGCUACGCGCCGCGGCCGUACUCGGGCCAGAAAAUAGUCGGGGAUCGGACUUCUCCCCCGCACCGCCAGGGCUGUUGCUUCCAUGGGCUCUGCUGAGAGCUUCAACCUGGCCAAGAACCUGUCCUGGAACUAUGGGAUUCCAGAGGAGCAGAAGAAAGUGGCGGAUGAUUCCCUCAGCCGAGAACAGUCAUUGCAGGAGCUGGAACAAAUAGUCAAGGAUUUGCUUUCAGGAGAAGAGGAGGUGAAGGCACAAUCGUCCAUCAAUGACCCGAUCCCAUCUGUGACCCUCCAUGAUGCGCUGGACCUUGUCUGCGGCCCAACCGGCUCCAACUUCCCUGCUGAUGAAGACAAAAAGCCUUGCUCUAACUCCUUUGACUGGGAAGAGGACUUGCUUCCCUCCAGUGAGAGUAAGAAGGAGAUCAUGAUUGGACUUCAGUACCAGGCUGUUGUGCCCCCGCUCCUCCCCAACAAGCAGAGCAGUAAAGCCUGUGUGAACAAGGACCAGCUGCUUUGGGACCCCAGUGCCCUUCCAGAGUGCGAGGUGGAAGAGUUCCUGUACCAGGCAGAGAAGCAGAGGUGGGAGAAGAUGGGCGACUUGGGCCUGCCCGUUGGGGCGGUAGUGAAGGACAACGAACAGGCCCUGUACGAGCUAGUCAAGUGCAACUUCAACAUGGAAGAAGCUCUCCGACGCUUGCAGUUCAACACGAAGGUCAUCCAAGAUCAGCUGUGCACCUGGAGCGAGGAGGAAUGCCAGAAUUUUGAGCACGGUUUCAGGGUCUACGGGAAAAACUUCUAUCUCAUCCACGCGAACAAGGUGCGCACACGAUCCGUGGGUGAGUGCGUGAAGUACUACUAUGAGUGGAAGAAGUCAGAGCGCUAUGAGCUCUUCACCCAGCAGACCCGUUACGGGAGGAAGAAGUACAUCCAGUCUGGAGCCAUAUCCCCUCAGCCUGGAUUACCUGAGCGUCCAAGUGGGCCAGAGCUCUAAAUUCAGCGACACGCCUUCCGAGACGGGGAGUGCUGAGGACUCAGCACGCCCGACGCAACCCAGCUCCUCUCCAACCCUGAUGGACCAGCUUGCAGCCAACCUCGGCGAGCACUUGGCCGGGGACUUUGCCCCCCCCGGGGGCUCUGCCCAGAGAACGGCCCCUGGUUUCCGGCCACGUGAGCUCGGACAUCACCUCGGACAGAGGUGCCGAGGGGACUGUGACCUUGUCCAUCUGAGAUUUUGGCUGUAUUAGCAUUGGGGAUGUAAAUAGUUUCCUGGCCAGUGGUCAGGCUCCACUCUGAGCCCCUGUCACAGUGAGCGUCUCCUGAGUGUCCAUCCUUCUGUCCUCAUCCCACUGUGGCCCGGGCUCCUCUCCCGGAUUUUGGAAGAUAGUCUUGUGGCUCCUCAGCUCAGCAGGAGGGGAGGGGCAGCAUAUUUGGUGGGGGUGUGGAGGCCAGGGAAUCAUUUGGUUGGAAAUCAACGUAAUCUCUUUCUCCCUCUCUCUCCCCCCCCCUUCCCUCUUCCUCUCUCUCUUUCUCUGUCUCCCUCUCUCUUCCUCCCCCUCCCCCAACAACUUUAAUGUGAUGAUCUGUUGAUUUGUAAAUCUGGGGGCAGACCAAACCUGUCACUGGCGAUUUACUGUAGCCGUGUCAGACCUGCCAUCAUGCCCAGCCCCCAGCUUAUUUACAGGGACCACCAAACCCUUUGCCAUUGCUCCGACCUCUCUCCCCUCCCCAUUCUCCUGAAGCACUGGCCUCAGGCUCUAAGAGAAGGAGGAAACACCAAGCUGGGAUUUGCCAGGAAACCAGACCCAUGCUUCCCACAGAGAUGCCCAGCCCAGGCUGGGGGCAGGAAGUCCUCAGCACCCAGUGGACAGGAGAAGAUGGAGUCAGAGUAGGGAUUGAGCAGUCCCUAACCCAGGGACAGCUCCUGCUUUCUCAUCCUUUUUCACCCUUUAUCCCCCGAGACUAACAGGACCGGCUUGGGGGGGUGGUGG